ACCUGCGUAACCUCUUAUCGGAUUCUAACAAUUUAUGAUGAUUCAUUUUGUUGGUUAGUUGUGUAUUUUGUUCUUGAAAGAAACUAGUUUUAAAUAAAAAAACGUUUGGACCUUGUCCUUUAUUGUUGUACGAUUUAUCAGUAGAGUGAAUCAGUUUUAGGCAAUUCGUGUGCUGCUACAAAAGUCCAAAUUGCUCAAUUUAUUUCAGUCAUCAUCAUCAUCUAGUGCCAAUAGUUGACUUGUGAUAUCGUGAAUGAAAGGGAACCAGUUUAGUUUUAUCUAAGUGAAAGUGGAAAGUUAAGGAUUUUUUAGAAGUUUUAUUUGCAAUUAUUGAAUUCAUACCGUAAAAUAUGGCUGUGAGCGUGAAGUGGUCUUGGCGUUCUUUGUUCCUAACUUUAUUUCUAGUGACGUCAUCAUGCCUGGGCCUGCCGCAAGACAGCGCCAACGAUCUGCUAAUGUCGGCGAAAAAAGGUCUGCCCGAGCUGCGCAAAUCGCUGGCCGACUUUGUGCCCACACACGAGCUGGAGGACGCGUUCAAUGCCUCGGGCGCCCAUCUUCAGUCGGCCGCGGAUGCGUUAAAUGCCUCGGGCGUCCAUCUACCGUUUGCCGUCAACGCCUCGCAACUGCCCAGCAUUGAGGAGGGCGACAAGAUGAUUGAGGAGAAGUGCUUGAAAAACGGAGGCAACGGAUCGUAUGCUGAGGCCAUGGUGGCGAAGGAAGAACUGCAGUUCUGCAUGAAAGACAUGCUGGAUUACAAGAAGAUAAACGCCGAAAUCGAGACGGCAAAACCGACUGGCGAUCUGGACAAGGUUUUCCGCAAGUACUGCAGGAGUACUCCGAAGCUGAAGGGCUGCAUCAACAAUUUCACCACCUCGAUUGAACCCUGUCUGGAGGAGAGUGAAAAAGUGUCGAAGCAUAUCAUUAUGAAUAUCACAACGGCCCUCGAACAGUUCAUCUGCUACAAGGAAGGAGAUAGGAUAGCGUUAUUUAUCGGGGAAGGAGGCAAAGAGUGCAUAUUUGACAAAUGGGAGGCGAUCCAGCACUGCGGCAAUGUGACUUUCAGCAAAUACCUGCCGGCCGACAUGAAGGAACUGCCAGACGUCACUGAGAGUCUGCCUGUAUUCAAGCUGGAGAAGGAUGAGUGUCUUAAAAUCAACGAAUUCCAGCAGUGCGUUGUUGCCGAAUUGGCCAAGUGCAAGGAGCCGACCCCGGCCAACAUAGUGGACAGUCUGAUGAACUUUGUGCGCCUGCGCACACCCUGUCGCGAGUACAAGCCUCCCUCGCAAACGGGGGCUGCAUCCUCAGUCUUCACCCCCCUUAUGCUGGUGGUCACAGCUGCAUGCACACUGAUCUUCAAUGCUAUCUCAUAGGAUCACGGAUGAAGGACGCAGGAUGCAGACCAAAGAUGGAUUUUGAGUUACUCGAUUUGUGAGACGCGAAAAAACAGAAACUCAUUGCUAGGUACUUUUGAAAUUGAAAAGUAAUUUCAAGGUUUUUCCUGUAGGUAGGGUAGCUCUAGGUUUAUUUUAUAGUAAGACAUUUAAUUACUAUUAAGGGCAAGGUAUGGUGUUAAGUUGAAUAUUUUAUUUUGUUUUUAAAGAUUUAUUUUUGUUUGAAAUCAAAUUUAGUGUUAACAAUCCAUGACCAGCCAUAAUCUAUGUAAUUUAUAAUACAGUACCAUGUAAAGUGUACGAAGGAUUUCGGAGGAGCCUGAGUGAGGGAAUGAUUAUAUUAUAUGGUUGCUCAUCGUCGUGCUGCGGGGGGGGUGGGACGCCCCUUGCUGAUUCCUCAAAUUGAUCCUCCUCAAAUUGAUCUGAUUCCUUGCACUCGUAUGAGGUUUGAGUGAAGAAGUGGUGAAAUAAGAGGAAUAAUUUACUGAGAAAUAAAUCUUUAUUCAGAGAAACGGUAAAUUUUGAAAUUUGAAUAAUUUCAAGAAAAACAAAUCUUCAUAUAAAGUUUCUCAUAUUUACACAUGUUUCAGAGAAACGGGAUAUUUUGAAAUUUGAAUAAUUUCAAGAAAAACAAAUCUUUAAAUAAAGUUUAUUAUAUCAUUAAAUAGUAAAAAUAAUGCCAUUUUAGAAUAAAUACAGAAAUUUUUUUUUUUUUUGAAGAUGACAUCUUGCAGGUGUGUUUCUUUUCUACGCAAACAUUCGUGUAGUCUCUCCGUCACAUUGUCCAUGGUUUGACUUAACAUUACAACUGGAAUUUCUGAAAUCGCUUCUCGAAUCUUGGCUUUCAAUUCUACAACAACAUUAUUUUCACAUACAGAAAUCAGAUAAAGUUCAGCAUGACAAUGCAAUCCAAAUAAAAUUUAAUAAUAGUAAGUGAAAGAAAAUCGCUGGCAUAAGAUGACUGGUGUUUGCCAACAUUUAAUGGAACUGUUUUAUAUAUUGUGUAAGUUUAGGUGAAAACAUUGUAAGUUGUUAUAAAUAUAGAGUCGAUUUGUUGUAUAUUUUUCUAUACUUGUAUGAAUAUAUUGAUGUAGUAAGUGAGGUGAAUCAAAUAAAGUUGAUGAACAAAUAUUGAGAA